AUGAGCUCUUCGCCAAAGGGGCAGGCAGCCGGCAAUGGAGGCUUUCGUUGGAUUACCGGCAAUAAGCCCGACGAUUUUAAAACGAAAGAUGUUAUGCAAGCUGUACGUCAGACUGCUAUGGGUAGUUAUCUGAAGACCGCAAAGAGCCAUGCCGGCGACAAACCCAGAGCCAACAGUGAAACCUCGGACAAGUCACGCUCAAGCAUUGGUAGUCAAGGCGGCAUGACACCCCGACCUAUGAAAACACCGAAAGGCAAAGGGAAAAGCGAUAGCGAGAAGAAGAGCUUGUUGCCCAACAAACCUUCGCAGCCCAAAAGCAAUGAUCAGAGUACCUCAAAUCCUGGUACACAGGUAGCGCGCCAAUCGACCCUUCCCCAGAGACCCAUCGUUGUCCCUAUAAUGGCUGGAAUCAGAUAUCCGUUCGAUCUCUACCCGGUGCCACCUUUGUUCUCUCUCGGAAAGAGCCUGGAUCCUUUCGGAACUAUGUUUCAAUCAAGAGAUGCCCGCGUCAAUGUGGAGGGAUUGAAGUUCAAAUGUGCCAUCUACUUCGGUACUGCAGGUCUAGGAAAAUACUGGAUCCCUGAAUGCCUGCGCUACCCUCACACCUUCCUAAGUACCCUCUACAUGGCUUCCGCAUACGACGACGUCAUUGAGAACCGCCAAGUAGAGAGUUUAGAAACAGCAGCACUGCGCCAAGAUGUUAUACAUUUCGUGAGUGAACAUCUUACAAAUAGAGAGCAGUGUGUGGCGGACCACAAUAUCAUCGCAGUCAGCCAACUGAUACUGGGUACUGUCAUUAGCCGAAUGGAUGCAGGUUUACGCUUCCACCAGGACGGGAUCGCAACUAUGAUCAGGCAGCGCGGUGGGCUCGGCAAGUUGGGCGUAAAUGGCCAAUUAGCAUCCGCAGUCUCUUGGGCAAAUCUCGCGACCGCAGUGUUACGGGAAGACAAACCAACUCAAAUGUACUUCGAGUACUGCACUAGUCGGUCGACGAAGAGAUACCAUGUUGACGACGUGAUACCGGAAUCGCCAAUCUACCAGCCGCACGGCAAGUACGUAACGCUCGAGAGGUCGACCAAAUGCACGAAGAAUGCGCGAAAGCUCCUAGACGACAUCCGGACGAUGAUGGAGGUGUUUCUUGAUACUCAGGGCUCGAGCCGUCCGAGUGACAUAUCCAAGCUGGCAAAUCUUCACAAACGCAUCAAUCGGUAUCCUUCUGGCUUGAAAGAGAAUGACUGGAGAUACGAAGCAAUCCGCCUUACCGCUAAGAUCCAGGCUCAAGCCAUCAUCGACCACAUUCCACUAUCAGCGGCGCUUAAUAGGGUGCAGUCAUCCGAGGUACAACCGGCAAUGUACAGCCCCUCGAUAGCUUCACGGUCCAAUGACUCCAUCUCUUCAACAAUUGAAAUCCAACAGGUAACCCCUGUUACCGACUGUUCUGAAAGUCCUACCUCUGGUUCAUUCGGCGAGUUCUAUUCACAGCAACAGCUCGGCUUUCCUUUCGGCCACCGGGCUUCAAAUUCUUCAACACAAUCGCAACGUCCCUCAUUUAUGUCAGUACAAUCAAGCUCACCAGACGCAUCUCCUCGGCAAUGGGUCUCUGCACCCACGUCUAGUAGAACCUCCAUCCUCCAACAAGUCCGACACGCCCUUGAGAAAUCCGGUAUUUCAGAAUGCUGGUCCGAUAUGGCUGGUGUACUGUUGUGGAUUGGACUAGUCAUGGGAGCAGCAAGCAACAAAAGCGAUGAUAAGAUCGUGCGAAGAUACUUUUCUGCAACGACUAUAAGGGCAUGCAUCAUGCUUUGCUUCGAGCAUCCUGAAGCGAUACAUUCGACGAUGCUGAAAAUGACGGAGGUCGUCGGUGCGUUGAGUAAGAAGCCUGGUGAUGCGCAACUGGUGAGAAAAGACAGUGCUGUGUCGAGGAAGAAAACGAAAGUUUAA